GCUCAAGACUCAAUACACGCAGGAGGCAGGUCCAGUAUGUGCAAAAGCGCAUGGCCGCCCAUUGUCUCUUUACUCAGGGCGCCGAGAGGGGAAAGCAACAGAUUGUGGGAGAGGCCAGGCGACGGACGGGGGACACAAGCAAGCUGACUGCCCCACUCCAGGCCGUCAACACCGAGAGGACCUUCUUCCCGCUUCGCUCCAAGCAGCGCGCAGGCUCCUCCUCCUGCAGGUGCGCUCGGCGUCCCCCGGCUUUGCUGUUGCUAACAAUGCGUUCCCGUCGCUCCUGCGCAGUCGCAAGAAGAGGAUCCGAAGAGCUGUGCCAGCCGCUGGGAGGAGGGCAGGGGAAACGGGGAAAGAAAAAAAGGCAAAGCAAGGAGCGAUCCUCCUCCUCCUCCGGCGCAGCCAGCCAGCCGAGUGCAUUCAGUGCCGAUCUGCCGAGCUUCUCUCCCUUUUUGGCUCGGUUUGCUUUUCUGCAAAGGCCAAGCAGUCCGGAACGGAAGGCAGAAAGCGGACCGCAGUGCUGGACUUGCUAGUGUCUCCUUGAGAGAAGUUUUCAUCUCUGAGUCUGUUUGCUCCUCUGGGGUACUAUAAUAAGGCACAGCACUGUCGGGACUGGGAUCCUUAUGUUGUUCAUGCUUGCAGUUUCGGCUCUCAUUAAUCCCCCUGCUUAUUUCUGAGCUGGGAUGUGUGCUGCUUUCUCUACAGGCUGUUAAGAAGCAAGAGGUUCAGAAGGGCAAAGCUGAAGGAUGCCGUCCGAGGUUUGCCUCAGCAUUCAAGAUAUGCUGACUGGUCAGAGGCUUUGCCAGUCCAGUUCUCAUAAUGAUGCUGUCUUGGCUGCUCUGAACCAACAAAGAAGUGAUGGGAUCCUCUGUGAUAUAACUCUUGUCGCAGAAGAGCAGAAAUUCCAUGCCCACAAGGCAGUCCUAGCAGCUUGCAGUGACUACUUCAGAGCAAUGUUCAGUCUUUGUAUGGUUGAAAGUGGAGCAGAUGAGGUGAAUUUACAUGGCAUCACAAGCAUAGGUUUAAAGCAAGCUCUGGACUUCGCAUACACUGGACAGGUUCUCCUGGAGCCAGAAGUUAUCCAGGAUGUGCUUGCUGCAGGCAGUCAUCUGCAGCUGCUGGAGAUGCUUAGUUUAUGUUCACACUAUCUCAUCCAGGAGUUAAAUAGCUUUAAUUACUUGGACCUGUAUAAGCUUGCUGACCUCUUUAACCUCACGAUGUUGGAAAAAGCUGUGAUCGACUUUUUAGUGAAACAUCUCUCCGAGCUGCUGAAGAAUCACCCUGAAGAGGUUCUAGCACUGCCAUACUGCCUCAUCCGAGAGGUUUUGAAGAGUGACCGACUCACAUCACUUAGCGAAGAGCAAAUCUGGCAGCUUGCCGUGACGUGGUUAGAACACAACUGCCGUUACCAGUACAUGGAUGAACUUCUUCAGUAUGUUCGGUUUGGGCUUAUGGAUGUGGAUACUUUGCAUACUGUAGCCCUCUCUCACCCUCUUGUCCAAGCUAGUGAAACUGCAACCGCCCUUAUAAACGAGGCCUUGGUAUACCAUCAGAGCAUCUAUGCACAACCCAUUUGGCAGACCAGAAGGACGAAACCUCGUUUCCAGUCAGACACUCUUUACAUUAUUGGUGGGAAGAAACGGGAGAUCUGCAAAGUGAAAGAGCUGCGUUACUUCAAUCCUGUGGACCAGGAGAAUGUUCAUAUAGCAGGAAUUGCAAACUGGAGCGAACUGGCUCCCAUGCCAACAGGAAGAAGCCACCACUGUGUAGCUGUAAUGGGAGACUUUCUCUUUGUGGCUGGUGGGGAAGCUGAGCAUGCCACUGGCCGCACCUGUGCAGUCCGGACUGCCUGCAGAUAUGAUCCACGUAACAAUUCUUGGGCUGAAAUAGCGCCAAUGAAGAAUUGUCGGGAACAUUUUGUGCUGGGAGCUGUGGAUGAAUACCUCUAUGCAGUUGGUGGCAGAAAUGAACUGCGUCAAGUUUUGCCUACAGUUGAGCGCUACUGUCCCAAGAAGAACAAAUGGACUUUUGUUCAGUCCUUUGACAGAUCUCUUUCCUGCCAUGCAGGAUAUGUUGUGGAUGGUCUUCUCUGGAUAUCAGGUGGAGUAACGAACACAGCACAGUAUCAGAACAGGCUAAUGGUGUAUGAUCCUACACAAAAUAAAUGGCUGAGCCGCAGCCCCAUGUUGCAGAGGAGAGUCUACCACUCCAUGGCGGCUGUUCAAAGGAAGCUCUAUGUUUUAGGCGGCAAUGACCUGGAUUAUAACAACGACCGGAUUCUUGUCCGCCACAUAGACGCCUAUAAUAUAGACUCUGACCAGUGGACUCGCUGCAGCUUCAGUAUGUUGACAGGCCAAAAUGAAUCUGGAGUUGCUGUCCACAAUGGCAGAAUAUAUUUAGUUGGUGGCUACUCAAUCUGGACAAAUGAACCCUCAGCAUGUAUCCAGGUGCUAGAUGUGAGUAAGGAAGGAAAAGAAGAAGUGUUCUACGGGCCUACCUUGCCUUUUGCUUCAAAUGGAAUAGCGGCCUGCUUCCUUCCGGCCCCAUACUCCACGUGCCCAAACUUGCAACCUUUGCAAGUGCCUCAUCACAAGAUAGGCACGAUGUGAGAAAGAGCGUGUGACUUACAAGAGAUCAUCACCCUCACUUUCCCCAAGUAUCUCUUUGAACCAAACAAAUGAAGAAGUGGUUGCAAAAUUCUUCCUUGUAUUAAAUACAGUAGAAGCCAAAAAGAAAAAUUGAGCAAGAGGGUUCAGAAUUAAACCUGACUCCAAUUCCUGUUUUCGAGUAGGGCUGGGCAUCUUUGUCUAGUAAGAUUUCUUAUCCAAGUAUUCUAGGAAAAUGUUCUGCAGCUUAUCUGGUCUCCUGUUUCUCAAGAUGGACUAUGCCUCUGGAUUUCUAGAAGUGCUUUUCUCACACACACACACACACACACACACACACACACACACACACACACACACACACACCAUGUCAGUAAGGGCACUACUACAUAUGCAAAUUAAUAUCUUUUGCAAAAAAGAUACUAAAUUAUUUUGCUUCCACACUUAGUUGCUAUUAACAUUCACAUUAGAUACUGUGAACCAAGAACAAAAAUAUUUCCAUUGGAGAUGUGCAAGAGAGACUUUUUCUGCCUUUAAGGACACUGCUUCUCAGACGCUGAGAUACAGCUGAAGUGAACUUGGACUCCCUAAAGACCUGAAAAUAUCAGCUUUUAUUUUGGUUGCUAGCCCAUAAGAUAAAAGAUGACUGUUUUCAGCAUAUUUCAUCUGCAGCUGUGAAAAAGGUGCUCUUUAUAAUCGUCGGACAAGUGGGUGUGCUUCACAUUUGCCUCAUGAAUUGGAGGGGACUGAAGGCUGCACAAAAGACUAAUGUAGUCAUAUUUGCUACUGAUGGUGCAGAAAAGGUAGAUAUGGACCCAUUUCCAGAAGGGAGGGCAAGGGAGAAAUAGAGGCAAAUUAGAGAGUGCAGUAAAUUCUUGCCUUAGCGUUCAAGAUUGUUAUGUUUUAGAAGGAAAUGGAAUUAAAACAUGACUUGCCAGUCAUAAAGUGGAGGUUGUUGGUCAUCUUGUGCAAAAGUCCUUACAUCUGUGUACACAUCCAAAGUAGUUUUUUAAAACCUGAAUUGUUUAACUCCUAGACUCUCAUUUGGCAAAAGCUGUAAAUAAAAUAAUGCAGUCCAAUAUCUAAAUGUCAUUCUGAAAUUUAGAGUAUAUUCUGACAACACCAGUGCUGGAAGCUUUGACUAGGACAACAUAAUAUAAAAGUGUUUCCAAUAUGUUGGCAAGCUUUUUUUAGAGGAAGAUGUUUGCUUCAAGUUAGUGAAAUUGAUUGUUGCCUAUUCCAUCUUUGUACUGAAUAUCUGACUCUAGACAAUUUUGAAUCAAUCACUAUAAUGCUUUGCUAUUAGCUCACACAUUUACUACUAAAGUGUAUGAAGCACUCCUGAAUUUUCUUCUGUGAAAGAAUAUAGCAAGCAACUUUUUCAUCCCUUUUUUCAUAAUUUGGGAUUUCUGAUGCUUUGAACAAGAGAGCUCGGUACAAAAUAGGAACAGUUAGGCCACAGUGCCAGUGAAGCUGUGGGAAAUCUUGCCCUUCAGGUUUGAGGAAAAAGAGGAAAUCCUCCUUGGAUCAUUUGGGACAACAAUCUUCACCAUUUCCCAAGCAGGACUACUUUGGCAAAAACCUGUAAAUGUGAACGCCACUUGCCAGCAGCUGACCUCUGCUCAGUGCUAGGUUUCACUCAGCAUUAGAGAGAGGCCCUUUAAGAGACAUGGAGACUUGUCAAGCCCCAGUGAAAUCAGGGAAGGCACACACUGGGAAAUGCAGUCCUUCCCUGCUCUUUCCAUAAAGCUCUAUGGUGAGCAAGAGCUGGGAAAGAUUACACUUCCCAGUGCUCUGUGCUCAUCUUCCAAGAUGGUAUUGCAGCUCAGGAGGACUCUCUUGGUUUCCUUUCAGGGAGCUCCACCAGCACUGGACAAAAACACCUUCAUGCGGUGCCACACGCCUGUGCAGCUAUUAGGCCUGUGUGGCGAUUCAACAGGCGUAAUGUGAAUAAAUAGGCAGGGAGCUGUGCUUAAGGUUGUGGGAGUCACCUCUGGCUUGCUGCAAGGACUGGCUUCGGAAGUUCCCUUUGCAUUCAGUGGCCAAUAUAUGCCCUUCAACUUCCCAUUCUCCUGCUUUAGAGCACAACUGGAAGCGCAAGAAGCUACAACAUUGCCAAAGUAGAUUCCCCUUGUUGUCUGAAACCCACUCUUUAGUUUGUACUAGUUCUACACAUCAGUCUGAUGGUCAGAGCAAAUGCCAUGUGGCCAGUAGGCUUUGGCUGGGCUGAGGACACUUGAGAUCCCAAAGUGUCCUUAACACAGACCUUUACCCAGAAACACCCUCAGAAGCAUAAUACAUUUUGUAACUGGCAAUCCACCCAGAACCUUUCCCCAUUCUGGAAUCUGUUAAAAGCAAGCAACAACAGUGGCUGCUACUUAGACGAAACAGCCAAACCAAAAUAUCAUUGCCUCUUCAAGAAACAGGCCCGUCCUUUUCACAAGUUUUGCGGGGAGCCUGUAAGAGAUGGGACUGAGUAUAUCACUGGAGAACUAAUUACCCAUGAAUCCCAGGCACUAAGAUUUCUGCAGCUAUUACUGUACAGCUUUGUAUCAUGCCCAGUUAAUGAAAUUAUUAGCAAGUCCCAAUUCCCACUGCUCAACAUGGACUAUUAUUUAAUAUUAGCUUCAGACAUGCAGCUAUCGUAAGAACUUUAGUUUAAAACAUUUAGAUAUUGAAGGGAAUUGCACAUCUUGAAGAUCAAAACUGAAGCAGCUCAUCUCAUCUGCAAUGACUAUGGAGCCGCUUUGUUUUGUUCAACAUAAGCUCCAAGGGGCUCAUGUGUGUAUAAGUUAAUACCCCCAGAAGCUCAUAUGGUGUGCCUCCAUUCUACAUUACAGGCAUAUAUACAGUUUACAAUUAAAAAAUAUUUAAAUGUG